AUGACUGAAUAUUCCGGGUAAGUAAACAGAUAUGAUCAGAGUUAAGAAAUUGACAUUUUUAAAUGUGCAGGUCCAGGGUUGCAGAGUAACUGCUUACAGUUACAUGUAAUCUGAUUAUCAAAAAACGGUAACUCUAAUCAGUUACGUUACCAGCCAAAAUAUUGUAAUCAGAUUACAGAUACUUUUUUAAAAAACGAGAUGAUUACUUCUUGGAUUACUUUUUAAUUCAGAAAGGAUGUAAAUCAUUUUUUAAAAACAUUAUGACACCUUUCUGUAAACCUCAAUAUCAUUCAAUUCAGCAUUGAAAAGAGGCGCAAGUUAAAGUUUGUUCCACCUGAGCGAGUCUGACCACAAGUCAGAGACCACUAUGAUGAUACACCAAAUGCGUUUGAUGGAUCCUUUUUGUCUUCUUCUAAUGCCUCUUAAAGGGAAAGUAAUCCGAAAGUAACAUAAAGUAAUCAGAUUACAUAACUGAGUUUGGGUAAUCCAAAAGUUACGUUACUGAUGACAAUUUUGAACAGGUAACUAGUAACUGUAACGGAUUUCAUUUAGAAAGUAACCUACCCAACCCUGCAGGCCUAUACCUUGCUUUUGAAUACUUACAGACUGAAAAACCAAUCGGUAAAAAAGCAAAAACUAAAGAUUGGACAAUGAUCAUCCACCUUGCAGAUUGUAACUGUAAUUGCAGAUUCCUAGUGGAUUUAAUCUUUGCCAGAUGAAUAGAAACACAGCACUAAUCAGGCUCCACAACCACCACAACAACUCUUGAGUCAUCUAGGCUGGCCGAAGUAGGGCCUUCAUAGGUGUUUGUGUUUCACAUCCUCUUGUGCUGCCCUAUCUAUCUCCAUCAUCGUCACAUAUCAGAUGUUAAGGCAUGCACAUUGGCAGAGAAAAACAAAAAGCCCCUAAAGCCUGUCCAAACCUAUCUCUCUAGCUCUCCGGCUAUUGCACAAAUAAGACGCACAGAGAGGUGAGGGUUGGGUGAUUAUUGCCUGAGAUUACAAUAUAAAAUAAAAGGCUACGGAUAGAAAGGAGCAGACGCUCUGAGCUUUCCUCCCAAGACCAAGGCACUACUACUACUAUUACUAUUCCACUUGAACACACUGACACUACAUUACCAAGAAAAGAGACACAGCACUGCUCUACUCUGUCCAGUGUCCACGGCUGCCAUCAUGUCCAAGAUCAUCUGUGUGACUCUCCUACUGGUCUUCCUGGUCUCAAUUUGGUGCGUUAACACAGGUGAAUAUGCAGAAUACUAUAUGUGGGUUUACAAUAUAGGUGAUAUCAGCUUUAUGUCACACUUGAACAGUGGUGUAAAGUACUUCAGUAAAAAUAGUUUAAAGUACUACUUAAGUCAUUUUUUUGGGUAGCUGUACUUUACUGUACUAUUUAUAUUUUUGACAACUUUUACUUUUACUUCACUGCAUUCCAAAAGAAAAUAAUGUACUUUUUACUCCAUACAUUUUCACUGACACACAAAAUUAUUUGUUAUAUUUUGAAUGCUUAGCAGGACAGGAAAAUUGUCUAAUUCACGCACUUAUCAAGAGAACAUCCCUGGUCAUCCCUACUGCCUCUGAUCUGGCAGACUCACUAAACACACGUGCUUAAUUUGUAAAUUAUAUCUGAGUGUUGGAGUGUGCCCCUGGCUAUACUACUGAAGUAGGAUUUUACUGGGUGACUUUCACUUUUACUGGAGUCAUUUUCUAUUCAGGUAUUAUUUACUUUUACUCAAGUAUGACAAUUGCAUACUUUUUCCAGCAGUGCACUUGUAUUAAACAGCAAAGUAUUUCAUGCCUGCAUGUAGUCAAUUCUGUACAGAUAGAUUUAUCACACCUGAACAUCACUAGGUCAAUGACUAACCUAUCUUUUACAGUGAAUUAAUUUCACACCUUUUCAAUGGUCUGUUUUCUCAAGGUUUGCUCAGUAAUGAAUUGUUUCAGUAUUUCAACAUUUAUGACAAAAUGGGACCAAUGAUUAAGUUAACUCUUCUCCACUCUGUGUAUAGUCUCUUCUGCCAAAUGGUCUGUGAGGGACGUGCUCAGUAAGUGUCGGUGCAAAGGUGAGCAUGUCUAUUUAGUAAGUGCUGUAAAUGAUAAAUGCCAAUGAUGACAGAUUCAUUGUAUUUGUUGACUAUAAAGCAAUUACUGCAAGUUAAAACCACUGCCUAAUUAAAAACAUAAACUUGAACUUGAACUCAAACUUAAACUUAAUUCUGUAGUCUCCUACAAACCUGGGAAAGGUUAUCAUCAUCAUCAUCCUCACUUGCAUACCUAUGAUGACUUAUUGAAUCUGCUAUGAAUAUAAAGAGAUGUGUGUAAUUUAGAACUGUGGAUGCCAUUCUUUCUCCAGUUCUUCCCACUGGGAGAGAGAUCUGCCGCAAGUCACUCAAAACCCCUCAAGAGAGAAAGCAACUGAUGAAAUGCUUUUGCAGGAAAUAUAACCUGAAUAGUGAGUAUACAGUGUGUGUGUGUGUGUGUGUGUGUGUGUGUGUGUGUGUGUGUGUGUGUGUGUGUGUGUGUGUAUGUGCAAUCGUUUUUUGCUUUCCAUACCUGUCUGUCUGUCUGUCUGACUGUCUGUCUGUCUGUCUGUAUAGAACUCAAUGCAAUACCAAACUUGGAGACAAGGCUGGACUUGGAGACAUGUAAGGAUUUUCUGUGGUCCAACCCCAUCUGAGGAUGAGAGGGCAAGGGGGUGAACGUCUCUCUCUCUCUCUCAAAUUAUCUUAAAUCAUUGUUACACCAGCAUAAUCAGUCUUUUAAACAUGUCAAUCAAAUAAAUAAAGGAUUUUUCUAUAUGAUCAAUUCACCUGUUGUGUUUUUAUUCAUUUUUGUGUAUGUGUGUUGCGGUAUAGCCAUAGUGUGAAAACAUUAUCACAACGCAUGCAGAGCCCCUAUAACUAACAGAUGAGUGCUUAGGUUUCAUAGUGGUGGGUUGUCACUCUCUAGAGCCCUGUUUAUACCUGCCAUUAACAUGCGUCCUUCGUCCUGAUCUUGACCUGAACUUGUCUGUUUACACUUAUAAGAUGCAUCUUUUAAUCAACUACACCUGUCUGAAAAAGGUGGGCACAAUCAGAAUGUGGACAAGAUCAACUAACUAAAAACGAACUAGGUUUACCUUUUUGUCUGUGGAUUAAUUGUCGGAGUAGAGAAAUACACAAUUUGUAUGACUCCAGGUCAAAAUUAUAGAUGUCAGGUAAAAUAACGACCCAAUGUUCAUCUCCCAGGACAUGUCCAUGAAUGUUUCAUGUGUGUUUUGACCUGCCCCCAAAUUAAUAUAGUUGGUUCACAGUUGGUUCUGAUAUUUUAAUCUGCAUGUCAUUAUAAGGUCUGGUGUGGGUUGACUAAAUCAGUGCACGAGCCCGUGGCCGGUGUAGUCAGCAUGUAUCCCUAACAUAAGGGUCCUCACCUAAUCUCACUGACAGAUUAUACACUUGUCUCUCUCUCUCACACUCACUCUCUCUCUCACUCUCACUUCUCUCUCUCUCUCUCUCUCUCUCUCUAUAUCUCUCUCACACUCACUCUCUCUCUCACUCUCUCUCUCUCUCUCUCUCACACACUCACACUCACUCACUCACUAUGUUUUUGCUGUUUGUUCUUUGUUCUUUGUUAUAGGGCCAAAAAGAUUGGAAAAGUGGUUUAUCCAUACAUCUCUGUUUUGGAUAGAUAACUCUUCGUGUUGUUCUCUCUCUCUCUCUCUCUCUCUCUCUCUCUCUCUCUCUCUCUAUCUCUCUCUCUCUCUCGCUCUCUCUCUCUCUCUCUCUCUCUCUUCUCUCUCUUCUCUCUCUCUCUCUCUCUCUCUCUCUCUCUCUCUCUCGCUCUCUCUCUCUCUCUCUCUUUCUCUCUCUCUCUCUCUCUCAAUUCAAGUUAUUUAUAUGGGAAACAUAUGUUUACAUUGCCAAAGCAAGUUAAAUAGAUAAAAACAAAAGUGAAAUAAACAAUAAAAAAGAACAGUAAAUAUUACACUCACAAAAGUUCCAAAAGAAUAAAGACAUUUCAAAUGUCAUAUUAUGUCUAUAUACAGUGUUGUAAUGAUGUGCAAAUAGUUAAAGUACAAAAGGGAAAAUACAUGAACAUAAAUAUAGGUAGUAUUUACAAUGGUGUUUGUUCUUCACUUGUUGCCCUUUUCUUGUGACAACAGGUCACACAUCUUGCUGCUGUGAUUGCACACUGUGAUAUUUCACCCAAUAGAUAUGGGAGUUUAUCAAAAUUGGAUUUGUUUUCGAAUUCUUUGUGGGUCUGUGUAAUCUGAGGGAAAUAUGUGUCUCUAAUAUGGUCAUGCAUUUGGCAGGAAGUUAGGAAGUGCAGCUCAUUUUGUGGGCAGUGUGCACAUAGCCUGUCUUCUCUUGAGAGCCAGGUCUGCCUUCGGCGGCCUUUCUCAAUAGCAAGGCUAUGCUCACUGAGUCUGUACAUAGUCAAAGAUUUCCUUAAUUUUGGGUCGGUCACAGUGGCCAGGUAUUCUGCCACUGUGUACUCUCUGUUUAGGGCCAAAUAGCAUUCUAGUUUGCUCUGUUUUUUUGGUAAAUUCUUUCCAAUGUAUCAAGUAAUUAUCUUUUUGUUUUCUCAUGAUUUGGUUGGGUCUAAUUGUGUUGCUGUCCUGGGGCUCUGUGGGAUCUGUUUGUGUUUGUGAACAGAGCCCCAGGACCAGUUUUCUUAGGGGGCUCUUCUCCAGGUUAAUUUAUCUGUAGGUGAUGGCUUUGUUGUGGAAGGUUUGGGAAUCACUUCCUUUUAGGUGGUUGUAGAAUUUAACGGCUCUUUUCUGGAUUUUGAUAAUUAGCGGGUAUCGGCCCAAUUCUGUUCUGCAUGCAUUAUUUUGUGUUUUACAUUGUACACAGAGGAUAUUUUUGCAGAAUUCUGCAUGCAGAGUCUCAAUUUGGUGUGGUGAUGCAGACUGUUCUAGUGCCCUCGCCAAUUUGUUUCUAUAUAUAUGUUGAAGAGGGUGGGGCUUAAGCUGCAUCCCUGUCUCACCCUCGGCCCUGUGGAAAGAAAUGUGUGUGUUUUUUGCCAAUUUUAACCGCACACUUGUUGUUUGUGUACAUGGAUUUUAUAAUGUCAUGUGUUUUCCCCCCAACACCACUUUCCAUCAAUUUGUAUAGCAGGCCCUCAUGCAAAUUGAGUCAAAAGCUUUUUUGAAAUCAACAAAGCAUGAUAAGACUUUGCCUUUGUUUUGGUUUGUUUGUUUGUCAAUUAGGGUGUGCAGGGUGAAUACGUGGUCUGACGUACGGUAAUUUGGUAAAAAGCCAAUUUGACAUUUGCUCAGUACAUUGUUUUCGCUGAGGAAAUGUACGAGUCUGCUGUUAAUGAUAAUGCAGAGGAUUUUCCCAAGGUUGCUGUUGACGCAUAUCCCACGGUCCUCUGUAGCUCAGCUGGUAGAGCACGGCGCUUGUAAUGCCAAGGUAGUGGGUUCGAUCCCCGGGACCACCCAUACACAAAAAAAAAUGUAUGCACGCAUGACUGUAAGUCGCUUUGGAUAAAAGCGUCUGCUAAAUGGCAUAUUAUUAUUAUUAUUAUAUUAUAGUUAUUGGGGUCAAAUUUGUCUCCACCUUUGUGGAUUGGGGUGAUCAGUCCUUGGUUCCAAAUAUUGGGGAAUAUGCCAGAGCUGAGGAUGAUGUUAAAGAGUUUAAGUACAGCCAAUUGGAAUUUGUGGUCUGUAUAUUUUAUAAUUUCAUUUAGGAUACCAUCAACCCCACAGGCAUUUUUGGGUUGGAGGGUUUGUAUUUUGUCCUGUAGUUCAUUCAAUGUAAUUGGAGAAUCCAGUAGUCUUUAAUAGUUGAUUCUAAGAUUUUUAUUUUGUAUACAUUUGGCCCUUCAUUGGAUACUGUGUUAACAAACCUCCAAACAAGCUUCAAUGCCAUACAACACUCCUUCCGUGGCCUCCAACUGCUCUUAAACGCUAGCAAAACUAAAUGCAUGCUCUUCAAUCGAACGCUGCUUGCACCCGCCCGCCCGACUAGAAUCACUACUCUCGGCGGGUCUGACUUAGAAUAUGUGGACAACUACAAAUACCUAGGUGUCUGGUUAGACCGUAAACUCUCCUUUCAGACUCUCAUUAAGCAUCUCCAAUCCAAGGUUAAAUCUAGAAUCGGCUUCCUAUUUCGCAACAAAGCCUCCUUCACUCAUGCUGCUAAACAUGCCCUUCUCUCUCUCUCUCUCUCUCUCUCUCUCUCUCUCUCUCUCUCUCUCUCUCUCUUCUCUCUCUCUCUCCCUCCCCCUCUCUCUCUCUCUCUCUCUCUCUCUCUCUCUAUACUAAAUCAUUGUUGCACUUGCAUAAUCAGUCAUUUAACCUUUAAGCUACCAACAAAUUUUACAUACAGUGGGGAAAAAAAGUAUUUAGUCAGCCACCAAUUGUGCAAAUUCUCCCACAUAAAAAGAUGAGAGAGGCCUGUAAUUUUCAUCAUAGGUACACGUCAACUAUGACAGACAAAUUGAGGAAAAAAAAUCCAGAAAAUCACAUUGUAGGAUUUUUAAUGAAUUUAUAUGCAAAUUAUGGUGGAAAAUAAGUAUUUGGUCACCUACAAACAAGCAACAUUUCUGGCUCUCACAGACCUGUAACUUCUUCUUUAAGAGGCUCCUCUGUCCUCCACUCGUUACCUGUAUUAAUGGCACCUGUUUGAACUUGUUAUCAGUAUAAAAGACACCUGUCCACAACCUCAAACAGUCACACUCCAAACUCCACUAUGGCCAAGACCAAAGAGCUGUCAAAGGACACCAGAAACAAAAUUGUAGACCUGCACCAGGCUGGGAAGACUGAAUCUGCAAUAGGUAAGCAGCUUGGUUUGAAGAAAUCAACUGUGGGAGCAAUUAUUAGGAAAUGGAAAGACAUACAAGACCACUGAUAAUCUCCCUCGAUCUGGGGCUCCACGCAAGAUCUCACCCCGUGGGGUCAAAAUGAUCACAAGAACGGUGAGCAAAAAUCCCAGAACCACACGGGGGGACCUAGUGAAUGACCUGCAGAGAGCUGGGACCAAAGUAACAAAGCCUACCAUCAGUAACACACUACGCCGCCAGGGACUCAAAUCCUGCAGUGCCAGACGUGUCCCCCUGCUUAAGCCAGUACAUGUCCAGGCCCGUCUGAAGUUUGCUAGAGUGCAUUUGGAUGAUCCAGAAGAGGAUUGGGAGAAUGUCAUAUGGUCAGAUGAAACCAAAAUAUAACUUUUUGGUAAAAACUCAUCUCGUCGUGUUUAGAGGACAAAGAAUGCUGAGUUGCAUCCAAAGAACACCAUACCUACUGUGAAGCAUGGGGGUGGAAACAUCAUGCUUUGGGGCUGUUUUUCUGCAAAGGGACCAGGACGACUGAUCCGUGUAAAGGAAAGAAUGAAUGGGGCCAUGUAUCGUGAGAUUUUGAGUGAAAACCUCCUUCCACCAGCAAGGGCAUUGAAGAUGAAAGGUGGCUGGGUCUUUCAGCAUGACAAUGAUCCCAAACACACCGCCUGGGCAAUGAAGGAGUGGCUUCGUAAGAAGCAUUUCAAGGUCCUGGAGUGGCCUAGCCAGUCUCCAGAUCUCAACCCCAUAGAAAAUCUUUGGAGGGAGUUGAAAGUCCGUGUUGCCCAGCGACAGCCCCAAAACAUCACUGCUCUAGAGGAGAUCUGCAUGGAGGAAUGGGCCAAAAUACCAGCAACAGUGAGUGAAAACCUUGUGAAGACUUACAGAAAAUGUUUGACCUGUGUCAUUGCCAACAAAGUGUAUAUAACAAAGUAUUGAGAAACUUUUGUUAUUGACCAAAUACUUAUUUUCCACCAUAAUUUGCAAAUAAAUUCAUAAAAAAUCCUACAAUGUGAUUUUCUGGAUUUUUUUUCCUCAUUUUGUCUGUCAUAGUUGACGUGUACCUAUGAUGAAAAUUACAGGCCUCUCUCAUCUUUUUAAGUGGGAGAACUUGCACAAUUGGUGGCUGACUAAAUACUUUUUUCCCCCACUGUAUGUCCCCUAUCCUCCCGGCCAGCUCGGUCCUCCCCUCCUGCUCCGUGGCUUGACGACUCAUUGCGAGCUCACAGAACAGGGCUCCGGGCAGCCGAGUGGAAAUGGAGGAAAACUAGACUCCCUGCGGACCUGUCAUCUUUUCACUCCCUCCUCUCUACAUUCUCUUCCUCUGUUUCUGCUGCUAAAGCCACUGUCUACCACUCUAAAUUGCAAGCCUCUGCCUCUAAACCUAGGAAGCUCUUCGCCAACUUCUCCUCCCUGCUGAAUCCUCUCCUCCUCCCCCUCCCUCCUCCCUCUCUGUGGAUGACUUCGUCAACCAUUUUGAAAAGAAGGUUGACGACAUCCAAUCCUCAUUUACUAAGUCAAAUGACACCGCUGGUCCUGCUCACACUGCCCUACCCUAUGCUUUGACUUCUUUCUCCCCUCUCUCUCCAGAUAAAAUCUUGCAACUUGUGACGACCUGCCCGCUUGACCCUAUCCCCUCCUCUCUUCUCCAGACCAUCUCCGGAGACCUUCUCCCUUACCUCACCUCGCUCAUCAACUCAUCCUUGACCACUGGCUAUGUCCCUUCCGUCUUCAAGAGAGUGAGAGUUGCACCCCUCCUCAAAAAACCUACACUCAAUCCCUCCGAUGUCAACAACUACAGACCAGUAUCCCUUCUUUCUUUUCUCUCCAAAACUCUUGAGCGUGCCGUCUCUAGCCAACUCUCCUGCUAUCUCUCUCAGAAUUACCUUCUUGAUCCAAACCAGUCAGGUUUCAAGACUGGUCAUUCAACUGAGACUGCUCUUCUCUGUGUCAAGGAGGCUCUCUGCACUGCUAAAACUAACUCUCUCUCCUCUGCUCUUAUCCUUCUAGACCUAUCUGCUGCCUUUGAUACUGUGAACUAUCAGAUCCUCCUCUCCACCCUCUCCGAGUUGGGCAUCUCCGGCGCUGCUCACUCUUGGAUUGCGUCCUACUUGACAGGUCGCUCCUAUCAGGUGGCGUGGCGAGAAUCUGUCUCCGCACCACGUGCUCUCACCACUGGUGUCCCCCAGGGCUCAGUUCUAGGCCCUCUCCUAUUCUCUCUAUACACCAAGUCACUUGGCUCUGUCAUAUCCUCACAUGGGCUAUCCUAUCAUUGCUACGCAGACGACACACAAUUAAUUUUCUCCUUUCCCCCUUCUGAUAACCAGGUGGCGAAUCGCAUCUCUGCAUGUCUGGCAGACAUAUCAGUGUGGAUGUCGGAUCCGCUAACAUCAAAGCGGUGACCCGAUCCUGCAGGUUCAUGCUCUACAACAUUCGCAGAGUACGACCCUACCUUAAACAGAAAGCGGCACAGGUCCUAAUCCAGGCACUUGUCAAAUCCCGUCUGGAUUACUACAACUCGCUGUUGGCUGGGCUCCCUGCCUGUGCCAUUAAACCCCUACAACUUAUCCAGAACGCUGCAGCCUGUCUGGUGUUCAACCUUCCCAAGUUCUCUCAUGUCACCCCGCUCCUCCGCACACUCCACUGGCAUCCAGUUGAAGCUCGCAUCUACUACAAAACCAUGGUGCUUGCCUACGGAGCUGUGAGGGGAACGGCACCUCCUUACCUUCAGGCUCUGAUCAGACCCUACACCCAAAUGAGGGCACUACAUUCAUCCACCUCUGGCCUGCUAGCCCCCCUACCUCUACAGAAGCACAGUUCCCGCUCAGCCCAGUCAAAGCUAUUCACUGCUCUGGCACCCCAAUGGCGGACACCAGGACAGUGGAGUCACUGACCACCUUCUGGAGACACUUGAAACCCUACCUCUUUAAGGAAUACCUGGAAUAGUAUAACAGUAGUCCUUCUACCCCCCCCCCCCCCCCCCCCCCCCCUCCCCCACCCACCCAUUAAAAAAAAGUAUAAAAUACAAAGUUGGUGGUUGUCCCACUGGCUAUCCUAAGUUGAAUGAACCAAUUUUUAAGUCGCUCUGGAUAAGAGUGUCUGCUAAAUGACUUAAAUGUAAAAAUGUAAAUGAUGGACUGUUGUUUCUCUUUGCUUAUUUGAGCUGUUCUUGCCAUAAUAUGGACUUGGUCUUCUACCAAAUAGGGCAAAUCUUCUGUAUAUGUCACAACACAACAGAUUGGCUCAAAUGCAUUAAGAAGGAAAUAAAUUCCACAAAUUAACUUUUAAGAAGGCACACCUGUUAAUUGAAAUGCAUUCCAGGUGACUACCUCAUGAAGCUGGUUCAGAGAAUGCCAAUAGUGUGCAAAGCUGUCAUCAAGGCAAUGGGUGGCUAUUUGAAGAAUCUCAAAUAUAAAAUAUAUUUUGAUUUGUUUAACACUUUUUUGGUUACUACAUGAUUCCAUAUGUGUUAUGUCAUAGUUUUGAUGUCUUCCCUAUUAUCCUACAAUGUAGAAAAUAGUAAAAACUUAAUAAAAACCUUGGAAUGAGUAGGUUUGUCCAAACUUUUGACUGGUACUGUAUGUGGUUUUGUGUUGAUCCACAUUAUUUGCAAGUGGAAAAGCAUAAUGUUAUUGGGUUUGUGUAUAAAGUGUAAAGCAGCAAUCAAUACCACACUUCAGUCAUUUGUUGAAUGCAUUGCGUCUCAGUCAGCAGUAGCCCCUAUACACAACAGGAGAGUACUUAUGUUUCAACGGUGGGAAUUCACACUCUAUGGCUCUCCUGAUCUCUAUCAACUCUCACUGACAUCAGGAUCAUCACAAUAUCUCAAGGACAUGUCACACACACGCCACUGGGCUUUGGUGUCAGUUACAUCAUCAAUCAACAACAUUAAAUCACAAUCUAUAGGUGAUGGUUUAAUACUGUAAAAAAUGUUUAGUCGUUCUAUUCAACAUUGGUGAUAUACACCUGAUUUGUUCUAGGAUUCACAUCCUUGGAUGAAUAACAACAGCAAACAAAUCAAUGUCUGUAUAGAAACAGGUUAGAUAGCCCUAUGGUGCCCAAAAAAUUGGAGCAAGUUGUCUGUAAGCUUUCAUGGGAACGUGAGUCCACUGCUGUUUACUCCAUGUUGUUCUGUCUGUUUACACUAUAAACCCCUGGUAAGGAGGAGGAGUAGAGAGGUCAAACAUGAUAGUCCAGUAAUCUGAGAGGACUGAGCGAUGGGUAAACACUGAUCUAGAGAGUCCUGUACGAGAACCCAGUCUUCUGUCCUUCACACCUGAAAGUAGCCAUCUCCUGACUUGCCAAUACACUCUUAGAAAAAAAGGUGCUAUCUAGCACCUAAAAGGGUACAUCGGCUGUCCCUCCAGGUAGAACUCUCUUGGGUUCCAGGUCGAACACUUUCCACAGAAGGUUCUACGUGGAACCCAAAAGGUUUCUACUUGGAACUAAAAAGGGUUCUCCAAUGGGGACAGCCAAAUAACCCUUUUGGAACCCUUUUUUGUUUUGCCUGCCUGUGUUUACCUGUAAGACAAUCAGUGUGGUGGGGGUGUGUCCCAUGUUUUUCUUGGUAAGCACUUUUGUUGGAUUUUUGUCAUUGUUGUUGAGUACCCCUCAUACCUUUGUUUUUUGCUGUACAGUGGAGGCCUUCCUGAACUCUAAUGUAAUAACAGUGUAAUAGACAUGCAUCUGGAUAUGCAGACACUGUGCGCAGACGCUAGUAGCUGGUAGGUGAUGUUUGUCAACACAAUACCCUGACAUGGCGCCUGUUUGUCUCUAGGGCUUCUGAAACUGAUGGUCAUCAGCUCACACAGUCUCAGUCACUGACUACACUUGGCAGCAGGCAAAUCUGAGCAACACAGUUCCUCUCUUAUCUCUCUUCUUCCUCUCUAUCAGAGACUUUCAGUUCUGUCCUUUUGGUCCAAACAUGCCCCUUGGCCCAGGCACACUCUUUUUGCUGGUAAAGUGGGCUGUUGCUGCUACUGCAGUAUGUGUAGGUUUUCUUAUGGAGGAGCAUCUGCUUUUCUUGUUAUGACAAAUAGAAAGAGAUGUAUUCACCUGCAUCUGCAACAGAACAGUUCAAAACCACAGAUCAACGGUAGUUCCAUGUAGAUCAAUGGGAGGGCGUCAAUGUUCCAUGACCUGUUCCUAAUGCAUGGGAUUAUGUCCUAACCAUGUGAUCUAAACAGAAAACAACUUAAAUCAGGACCGUAAUUAUGAUUACUGGGGUCGGACCUGCAGUACACUGCUUCUGUCUGUAGAGAGAGCUCUUUUACUUGUUAACACUUGUCAACCAUUGAUGUUAUAGAAAAGCAAGGCAAUUUAAAUACUUGAAGACUAAGUAAGGAUUUUAGCCACGCAUGUACUGUUGUCUAUUGUCAAGAUAUGUUCAGUUUGAGCAGUUCUAGAAGUCAUUGGCAUUUGAAUGCUAGAUAAUUAUAUGUGAUAUGUCAUGUAGGCUACUGUAACACCCUUAGGAAAAUUCAGUUAACACCCUACAAGGGCUUGUUUAUUGUUUGUUUAUAACAACCUAGAGUUGAAGUCGGAAGUUUACAUACACUUAGAUUGGAGUCAUUCAAACUUGUUUUUCAACCACUCCACAAAUUUCUUGUUAACAAACUAUAGUUUUGGCAAGUCGGUUAGGACUUCUACUUUGUGCAUGACACAAGUAAUUUUUCCAACAAUUGUUUACAAACAGAUUAUUUCACUUAUAAUUCACUGUAUCACAAUUCCAGUGGGUCAGAAGUUUACAUACACUAAGUUGACUGUGCCUUUAAACAGCUUGGACAUUUCCAGAAAAUGAUGUCAUGGCUUUAGAAGCUUCUGAUCAUUUGAGUCAAUUGGAGGUGUACCUGUGGAUGUUUUCAAGGCCUACCUUCAAACUCAGUGCCUCUUUGCUUGACAUCAUGGGAAAAUCAAAAGAAAUCAGCCAAGACCUCAGAAUAAAAAUUGUAGACCUCCACAAGUCUGGUUCAUCCAUGGGACCACGCAGCCAUCAUACCUAGAGAUGAACGUACUUUGGUGCGAAAAGUGCAAAUCAAUCCCAGAACAACAGCAAAGGACCUGGUGAAGAUGCUGGAGGAAACAGGUACAAAAAUAUCUAUAUCCACAGUAAAACGAGUCCUAUAUUGAUAUAACUUGAAAGGCCGCUCAGCAAGGAAGAAGCCACUGCUCCAAAACCGCCAUAAAAAAGCCAGACUACGGUUUGCAACUGCACAUGGGGACAAAGAUCGUACAUUUUGGAGAAAUGUACUCUGGUCUGAUGAAACAAAAAUAGAACUGUUUGGCCAUAAUGACCAUCGUUAUGUUUGGAGGAAAAAGGGGGUUGCUUGCAAGCCGAAGAACACCAUCCCAACCGUGAAGCACGGGGGUGGCAGCAUCAUGCUGUGGGGGUGCUAUGCUGCAGGAGGGACUGGUGCACUUCACAAAAUAGAUGGCAUCAUGAGGAAGGAAAAUUAGGUGGAUAUAUUGAAGCAACAUCUCAAGACAUCAGUCAGGAAGUUAAAGCUUGGUCGCAAAUGGGUCUUCCAAAUGGACAAUGACCCCAAGCAUACUUCCAAAGUUGUGGUAAAAUGGCUUAAGGACAACAAAGUCAAGGUAUUGGAGUGGCCAUCACAAAGGCCUGAUCUCAAUCCUAUAGAAUAUUUGUGGGCAGAACUGAAAAAGCGUGUGCUAGCAAGGAGGCCUACAAACCUGACUCAGUUACACCAACUCUGUCAGGAGGAAUGGGCCAAAAUUCACCCAACUAAUUGUGGGAAGCUUGUGGAAGGCUACCCAAAACGUUAGACCCAAGUUAAACAAUUUAAAGGCAAUGCUACCAAAUACUAAUUGAGUGUAUUUAAACAUCUGACCCACUGGGAAUGUGAUGAAAGAAAUAAAAGCUGAAAUAAAUCAUUCUCUCUACUAUUAUUUUGACAUUUCACAUUCUUAAAAUAAAGUGGUGAUCCUAACUGACCUAAGACAGGGAUUUUUUACUAGGAUUAAAUGUCAGGAAUUGUGAAAAACAGAGUUUAAAUGUAUUUGGCUAAGGUGUAUGUAAUCUUCUGACUGUAACUGUACACGGUUUGAGCUAUUUGCUACCCAUUCAGUCUCUCUGUCUCUGUCUCUCUCUUUCGCUCUCUCUUGCUCUCUCUCUCUUUCUCACUCUCUCUCACUCUCUCUCUCUCUCUUACUCUCUCGCUCUCUCUCUCUCUCUCUCUCUCUCUCUCUCUCUCUCUCUCUCCUCUUUCGCUCCCUUACCCCCCCCCCCCCCCUUUAAACAAUAGAGAAUGAAGAGAUUAUGAAAGACAGGGAUGAUGAAUGAUAUGCAGUAUAAGUGGGUGACUCAGCUUUAAAAUAUUUUCCUUCAGUCAAAUGACCAAAUCGACCUCUAUAGUUGCCGCAUGGGUGGAAUGUUAUUAAUAUUUUUCAUAACAUUAUUUCCAAAAACGCGCCAGAAAUCCAAGAGUUUGAAAAUGUUUCUAUGUCAAACGGUUUUGUUAAAUUUCAGUCUUCUGUGAUGUAUAUAAAGUGUAAUAUUGGGAUGCAAACUCAAAAUGAAAUACAUUUCAACUCCAUAUCUGACAGCUGUCUUCUUCUUUUUAAGCCCAUAACCAUGUGUCUGAGGUGUAUACUUUUGCUUCAAAGUAGAUUUGUUGAAGACUACCAAGAAACACUCCUUGUGACCAUGAUUUAUCCCAUUGCAGUAUUAAAGUAGAUAGUGUCAAUCAUGUUGAUGCUGACAACUAGUCUUUCCAGUCUGGGUACAUCAACAGAGAGUGGAAUUUCCACUGCUGCUUCUCUUUGUAUUGAUUCUGCACAAAAUUAACACAUUGCAGUUACCUAAAUUACUCCUACAACAAUUGUCUCUCAGUGACUCUUUUAAUGUAACUUUGGGUGUGAUGAGGUGGAGGUGGAAUUCAGUCAGUCAGUGUUCUACUAUCUCUCUGGUUUAUGUUUUAGAGGUUUAGAUGACCUCCUUCAACCAACAAACCCAGAUUCCAGGAAACAUUAAAGGAACUGAGUCAGGGCCUUAAAAUUCCAAAACCAUCCCAAACAAGUUCCAAGGAUGGAUGACAAAAAAUUGUUGUCACCUCAGGAGUCGUAAAGGACACUUCAUAAUAUCACCUUGCCAUAAAGCAUUGCAUUUAUAAUGGAUAAGUAAAUAGUUUAUUAAUCAUUUAUUAAUCAUUCCUCCUACAUGUGUAACUGUUAGUAAGCUAGUUAUUAACACAUUUAUAAACAAUUUUAAAGUAUUUAAAAAUGAUUAAUAAGAUAAUUCAUAAGAUGUUUAAUAUAGGUCCUUAGAAACCAUUUAGUAAUCAUUAGUUAGCCUAAGUCUUUUUUUUGCGUAGGCUAAUCUAAAGUGAGGGCUAUGUAUACUUUAUAAAUAUUUUAUAAAUGUUUUGAGUGACCAGUGUAAUGUUUCACAAAAAGGUGGACAUGCCAUUGGUAGACAUUCCAGCAGUUCCCAAUGAUCCUUAAAAGGAUAGUUCACCCAAAUUACAAAAUGACAGAUUGGUUUCCUUACCCUAUAAGCAGUCUAUGGACAAGGUAUGACAGCAGUCAAUGCUUUGGCUUUAUUUCCCUGGCAAGGUUUCCAAAUGCUAACGUUUUAGCAUUUGCGGCACAAAUCACAUUCAAGUCAGGGUACUGAUAUUAGCAUUUUUCGCGCAACAUGCCCAAAUCAUCCAAAAGUAUCUCAAAUUGAUUGUGAAGCUCAACAAAGGCACUUAAAGAUGAUUUGAACAUGAUGCGUGAAAAAUUAGAAAAUUGGGACCAUGACUUAAAUGGGAUUUGUGCCACAAAUACAAAUAUUUUAGCAUUUAGAAACAGUGUCAGGGAAACUAAACCAAAGCAUAGAUUGCUGUCAUACCUUGGCCAUAGACCACGUACAGGUUAAGGAAACCAUUAUGUAAUUUGGGUGAACUAUCCCUUUAAGGUCUCAAAAUAGCCUAGAGCAUAUCAAUGACAAAAUAAUAAGCACACAACACAGGAUGUUUAAGGAAACAUGUUGAACAUUUAAUUUACAAAAACUGUUGUAAAACAACUGUAGCAUGGGAAUAGCAUAGGAAUAGUUGUAAUGUGAAUGUUUAGCUAAUGUGUCAACCUCGUGAACGCAAAUGAAUCAUAAAACACAAAGAUGUAGCCUACACACAACAGCUGGCUGGACCAGACAGUUUUUCUCUAGCGGAUAUUUAUUCCUUCAUUACUACUGAUAAAAAAAAAUAAAAAAUCAUUUUAUUUCACCUUUAUUUAACCAGGUAAGCCAGUUGAGAACAAGUUCUCAUUUACAUUUUCAUUUUACAUUUACGUCAUUUAGCAGACGCUCUUAUCCAGAGCGACUUACAAAUAGGUGCAUUCACCUUAUAGCCAGUGGGAUAACCACUUUACAAUUAUUAUUAUUAUUAUUAUUUUUUUUUUUUUGGGGGGGGGGGGUGGGUAGAAGGAUUACUUUAUCCUAUCCCAGGUAUUCCUUAAAGAGGUGGGGUUUCAAGUGUCUCCGGAAGGUGGUGAGUGACUCCACUGUCCUGGCGUCGUGAGGGAGCUUCUUCCACCAUUGGGGUGCCAGAGCAGCGAACAGUUUUGACUGGGCUGAGCGGGAACUAUGCUUCCGCAGAGGAAGGGGAGCCAGCAGGCCAGAGGUGGAUGAACGCAAUGCCCUCGUUUGGGUGUAGGGACUGAUCAGAGCCUGAAGGUACGGAGGUGCCGUUCCCCUCACAGCUCCAUAGGCAAGCACCAUGGUCUUGUAACAGAUGCGAGCUUCAACUGGAAGCCAGUGGAGUGUGCGGAGGAGCGGGGUGACGUGAGAGAACUUGGGAAGGUUGAACACCAGACGGGCUGCGGCAUUCUGGAUGAGUUGUAGGGGUUUAAUGUCACAGGCAGGGAGCCCAGCCAACAGCGAGUUGCAGUAAUCCAGACGGGAGAUGACAAGUGCCUGGAUUAGGACCUGUGCCGCUUCCUGUGUAAGGCAGGGUCGUACUCUCCGAAUGUUGUAGAGCAUGAACCUACAGGAUCGGGUCACCGCCUUGAUGUUAGCGGAGAACGACAGGGUGUUGUCCAGGGUCACGCCAAGGCUCUUCGCACUCUGGGAGGAGGACACAACGGAGUUGUCAACCGUGAUGGCGAGAUCAUGGAACGGGCAGUCCUUCCCCGGGAGGAAGAGCAGCUCCGUCUUGCCAAGGUUCAGCUUGAGGUGGUGAUCCGUCAUCCAUACUGAUAUGUCUGCCAGACAUGCAGAGAUGCGAUUCGCCACCUGGUUAUCAGAAGGGGGAAAGGAGAAGAUUAGUUGUGUAUCGUCAGCGUAGCAAUGAUAGGAGAGGCCAUGUGAGGAUAUGACAGAGCCAAGUGACUUGGUGUAUAGCGAGAAUAGGAGAGGGCCUAGAACUGAGCCCUGGGGGACACCAGUGGUGAGAGCACGUGGUGCGGAGACAGCUUCUCGCCACGCCACUUGGUAGGAGCGACCGGUCAGGUAGGACGCAAUCCAAGAGUGAGCCGCGCCGGAGAUGCCCAGCUCGGAGAGGGUGGAGAGGAGGAUCUGAUGGUUCACAGUAUCAAAGGCAGCAGACAGGUCUAGAAGGACAAGAGCAGAGGAGAGAGAGUUAGCUUUAGCAGUGCGGAGAGCCUCCGUGACACAGAGAAGAGCAGUCUCAGUUGAAUGACCAGUCUUGAAACCUGACUGGUUUGGAUCAAGAAGGUCAUUCUGAGAGAGAUAGCAAGAGAGUUGGCUAAAGACGGCACGCUCAAUAGUUUUGGAAAGAAAAGAAAGAAGGGAUACUGGUCUGUAGUUGUUGACAUCAGAGGGAUCGAGUGUUGGUUUUUUGAGAAGGGGUGCAACUCUCGCUCUCUUGAAGACGGAAGGGACAUAGCCAGCGGUCAAGGAUGAGUUGAUCAGCGAGGUGAGGUAGGGGAGAAAGUCACCGGAGAUGGUCUGGAGAAGAGAGGAGGGGAUAGGGUCAAGCGGGCAGGUUGUUGGGCGGCCUGCAGUCACAAGUCGCAAGAUUUUAUCUGGAGAGAGAGGGGAGAAAGAAGUCAAAGCAUAGGGUAGGGCAGUGUGAGCAGGACCAGCAGUGUCAUUUGACUUAACAAACAAGGAUCGGAUGUCGUCAACCUUCUUUUCAAAGUGGUUGACGAAGUCAUCCACAGAGAGGGAGGAGGGGGGGGGGGGAUUCAGCAGGGAGGAGAAUGUGGCAAAGAGCUUCCUAGGGUUAGAGGCAGAUGCUUGGAAUUUAGAGUGGUAGAAAGUGGCCUUAGCAGCAGAAACAGAUGAAGAAAAUGUAGAGAGGAGGGAGUGAAAAGAUGCCAGGUCCGCAGGGAGUCUAGUUUUCUUCCAUUUCCGCUCAGCUGCCCGGAGCUCUGUUCUGUGAGCUCGCAAUGAGUCAUCAAGCCACGGAGCUGGAGGGGAGGACCGAGCCGGCCGGGAGGAUAGGGGACAUAGAGAGUCAAAGGAUGCAGAAAGGGAGGAGAGGAGGGUUGAGGAGGCAGAAUCAGGAGAUUGGAGGGAGAAGGAUUGAGCAGAGGGAAGAGAUGAUAGGAUGGAAGAGGAGAGAGUAGCGGGAGAGAGAGAGCGAAGGUUGCGGCGGCGCAUUACCAUCUGUGUAGGGGCAGAGUGAGUAGUGUUGGAGGAGAGCGAGAGAGAAAAGGAUACAAAGUAGUGGUCGGAGACAUGGAGGGGAGUUGCAGUGAGAUUAGUAGAAGAACAGCAUCUAGUAAAGAUGAGGUCAAGCGUAUUGCCUGCCUUGUGAGUAGGGGGGGACGGUGAGAGGGUGAGGUCAAAAGAGGAGAGGAGUGGAAAGAAGGAGGCAGAGAGAAAUGAGUCAAAUGUAGACGUAGGGAGGUUGAAAUCCCCCAGAACUGUGAGGGGUGAGCCAUCCUCAGGAAAGGAACUUAUCAAGGCGUCAAGCUCAUUGAUGAACUCUCCAAGGGAACCUGGAGGGCGAUAGAUGACAAGGAUAUAAAGCUUAAAUGGGCUAGUGACUGUGACAGCAUGGAAUUCAAAUGAGGAGAUAGACAGAUGGGUUAGGUGAAAAAUUGAGAAUGUCCACUUGGGAGAGAUGAGGAUUCCUGUGCCACCACCCCGCUGACCAGAUGCUCUCGGGGUAUGCGAGAACACAUGGUCAGACGAGGAGAGAGCAGUAGGAGUAGCAGUGUUUUCAGUGGUAAUCCAUGUUUCCGUCAGCGCCAAGAAGUCGAGGGACUGGAGGGUAGCAUAGGCUGGGAUGAACUCUGCCUUGUUGGCAGCAGAACGGCAGUUCCAGAGGCUGCCUGAGACCUGGAACUCCAGGUGGGUGGUGUGUGCAGGGACCACCAGGUUAGAGAGGCAGCAGCCACGCGGUGUGAGGCGUUUGUGUAGCCUGUGCGGAGAGGAGAGAACAGGGAUAGGCAGAGGCAUAGUUGACAGGCUGCAGCAAAUGGCUACAAUAAUGCGGAGGAGAUCGGAAUGAAAUGAACUAAACAUCUGGGAAAGGAGAGAGCGGGGCCUCCCUCACCACAACUCCCAAAUAUAACUCUCCCAACUUCCACCUCAGAAACUAUAAUUGUUUCACUGAAACACCCAAAUAUAACUCUCCCAACUUCCACUUUAGAAAUUAUAAUUGUUGUAAACUACAGCGGUUCAAUGUUUCUAGGAAUAGACUCUAACUUACUUUAUUCAGCUAGGUAACUUGGUACAGUAUUCUUCCAUGAAAACCGCCCAGGGCACCGUAUCCUAUGACGCCAUAGCUAACUAGCAUGCUAGCAUCCAAAAACACACGGUUUAGCACCAAUACUUGGUUACAACAAACUACCAAUAGUGUGUUAACACACUAAACAGAUAAUUUGUGUCCGUGUCUAGUUCCUUUCAUAACGCAGCAAUAAUUCAACGUUGGCUAGCUAGCACAAAGUCAGUCAUGCUAGCUACACAAGUGGACUACACAUCUCGAAUGUUCUGAAAGGGAAGCUUUAUGUUGCAAAAUUCUCAUUGACUAAAAUUAUAUUGUAUUUAGCUGCUACAGUACUGCUAUCUGGUAGUGUUGGCUAGCUAGCAAUGGCUGUGGUGUUGACUUUGUUUGAAAAACGGCGUCGCUGCGAACGACUGUAGCUGGCUAAAAUGAUAUUGUAUUUAGUUGCUACAGUACUGCUAUCUGGUAGUGUUGGCUAGCUAGCAAUGGCUGCUGUGUUGACCUUGUUUGAAAAACGGCGUCGCUGCGAACGAAUGUAGCUGGCUAAAAUUAUAUUGUAUUUAGUUGCUACAGUACUGCUAGCUGGUAGCGUUGGCUAGCUAGCAAUGGCUGCGGUGUUGACUUUGUUCGAAAAACGGCGUCGCUGCGAACGAAUGUAGCUGGCUCAAAGGAUAUUGUAUUUAGUUGCUACAGUACUGCUAGUUGGAAGUGUUGGCUAGCUAGCAAUGGCUGCGGUGUUGACUUUGUUUGAAAAACGGCGUCGCUGCGAACGAACGUAGCUGGCUAGCUAACCUCGAUAGUUUCUCUAAGCUACACCUUUAUCUUUGAUACAAAUACAACUAUGUAGCUAGCUAACAUUACACUAAUCAAAUCGUUCCAUUGUAAUGUAAUGUGUCAUAUUACCUGCGGAGCGAAGUACAGCAUGACUACUCACCUCGCCUGCCGCUCAUCCAUUUACAACUGCGACCUGGCCAAGAUAAAGCAAAGCAGUGCAAUAUGUGGCUUUGGUGACAAAACGGAUGGCACUGUGAUAGACCACAUCCAAUUUGCUGAGUAGAGUGUUGGAAGCUAUUUUGUAAAUGACAUCGCCGAAGUCAAGGAUCGGUAGGAUACUCAGUUUUACGAGGGCAUGUUUAGCAGCAUGAGUGAAGGAGGCUUUGUUGCGAAAUAGGAAGCCGAUUCUAGAUUUAACUUUGGAUUGGAGAUACUUAAUGUGAGUCUGGAAGGAGAGUUUACGGUCUAACCAGACACCUAGGUAUUUGUAGUUGUCCACAUAUUCUAAGUCAGACCCGCCGAGAGUAGUGAUUCUAGUCGGGGGGUGGGUGCAAGCAGCGUUCGAUUGAAGAGCAUGCAUUUAGUUUUACUAGCGUUUAAGAGCAGUUGGAGGCCACGGAAGGAGUGUUAUAUGGCAUUGAAGCUUGUUUGGAGGUUUGUUAACACAGUGUCCAGAUAUAUACAAAAUGGUGUUGUCUGCGUAGAGGUGGAUCUGAGAGUCACCAGCAGCAAGAGCGACAUCAUUGAUAUACACAGAGAAUAGAGUCGGCCCGAGAAUUGAACCCUGUGGCACCCCCAUAGAGACUGCCAGAGGUCCAGACAACAGGCCCUCCGAUUUGACACAUUGAACUGUAUCUGAGAAGUAGUUGGUGAACCAGGCGAGGCAGUCAUUUGAGAAACCAAGGCUAUUUAGUCUGCCAAUAAGAAUGCGGUGGUUGACAGAGUCAAAAGCCUUGGCCAGGUCGAUGAAGACGGCUGCACAGUACUUUAUUUUAUCCAUCUCGGUUAUUAUAUCGUUUAGGACCUUGAGCGUGGCUGAGGUGCACCCAUGACCAGCUCGGAAACCAGAUUGCAUAGCGGAGAAGGUACGGUGGGAUUCGAAAUGGUCGGUGAUCUGUUUGUUAACUAGGCUUUCAAAUACUUUCGAAAGGCAGGGCAGGAUGGAUAUAGGUCUAUAACAGUUUGGAUCUAGAGUGUCACCCCCUUUGAAGAGGGGGAUGACCACGGCUGCUUUCCAAUCUCUGGGGAUCUCAGACGAUACGAAAGAGAGGUUGAACAGGCUAGUAAUAGGGGUUGCGACAAUUUUGGCGGCUAAUUUUAGAAAGAAAGGGUCCAGAUUGUCUAGCCCAGCUGAUUUGUAGGUAGCAGCUCUUUCAGGACAUCAGCUAUCUGAAUUUGGGUGAAGGAGAAGCGGUGGGGGGGUCAAGGGCAAGUUGCAGCGGAGGGUGCAGAGCUGGUGGCUGGAUUAGGGGUAGCCAGGUGGAAAGAAUGGACAGCCGUAGCAAAAUGCUUAUUGAAAUUCUCGAUUAUCGUAGAUUUAUCGGUGGUGACAGUGUUUCCUAGCCUCAGUGCAGUGGGUAGCUGGGAGGAGGUGCUCUUAUUCUCCAUGGACUUUACAGUGUCCCAAAACUUUUUGGAGUUAGUGCUACAGGAUGCAAAUUUCUGUUUGAAAAAGCUAGCCUUUGCUUUCCUAACUGAUUGUGUAUAUUGGUUCCUGACUUCCCUGAAAAGUUGCAUAUCGCGGAGGCUGUUCAAUGCAAAUGCAGUACGCCACAGGAUGUUUUUGUGCUGGUCAAGGGCAGUCAAGUCUGAGGUGAACCAGGGGCUAUAUCUGUUCUUAGUUCAGAUUUUUUUGAAUGGGGCAUGAAAAAAAAAAUUAAGAUGGAGAGGAAAGCACUUUUGAAGAACAUCCAGGCAUCCUCUACUGACUGAAUGAGGUCAAUAUCCAUCCAGCAUACCUGGGCCAGGUCAAUUAGAAAGGCCUGCUCGCUGAAGUGUUUUAGGGAGCGUUUGACAGUGAUGAGGGGUGGUCGUUUAACCGCGGACCCAUUACGGACGCAGGCAAUGAGGCAAUUCACAUAUGGUGUCCAGGACACAACUGGGGGCUGAGGGGGCAUAGACCUGGAUAGUAUGAUAGAGCUCUGCAGGCUAUCUCUACAGUUGAUUGCAACUCCGCCCCCUUUGGCAAUUCUAUCUAGACGGAAAAUGUUGUAGGUUGGAAUGGACAUUUCUGAAUUUUUGGUGGCCUUCCUAAGUCAAGAUUCAGACACUGCUAGAACAUCAGGGUUGGCAGAGUGUGCUAACGCAGUGAAUAACUCAAACUUGGGGAGGAGACUUCUAAUGUUAACAUGCAAGAAACCAAGGCUUUUACGGUGACAGAAGUCAACAAAUGAUAGCACCUGGGGGGUAGGAGUGAUACUGAGGCUACAGGGCCUGGGUUAACCUCUUAGGUUUACCUCCACUUUACUCAUAUCCUUCCAUAUCCUUGUCUGUACAUAAUGCCCUGAAUCUUUUCUACAACACCCGGAAAUCUGCCCCCUUUAUUCUAUGUACCCAAUGCACUAGAAGACCAGUUCUUAAAGCCUUUAGCCGAAUCCUUAUUCUAGUCCUCCUCUGUUCCUCUGGUGAUGUAGAGGCUAACCCAGGCCCUGCAGCCCUCAGUAUCACUCCUACUCCCCAGGCGCUAUCAUUUGCUGACUUCUGUAAUCGCAAAAGUCUUGGUUUCUUGCACGUAAAUAUCAGAAAUCUACUUCCUAAGUUUGAGUUAUUCACUGCGUUAGCACACUCCGCCAACCCUGAUGUUCUAGCAGUGUCUGAAUCCUGGCUCAGGAAGGCCACCAAAAAUUCUGAAAUUUCCAUCCCCAACUAUAACAUUUUCCGUCUAGAUAGAACUGCCAAAGGGGGUGGAGUUGCAAUCUACUGUAGAGAUAGCCUGCAGAGCUCUAUCAUACUAUCCAGGUCUGUGCCCAAACAGUUUGAGCUUCUACUUCUAAAAAUCCACCUUUCCAGAAAUAAGUCUCUCACUGUUGCCGCUUGCUACAGACCCCCCUCAGCCCCCAGCUGUGCCCUGGACACCAUAUGUGAAUUGAUUGCCCCCCAUUUAUCCUCAGAGUUCGUACUGCUUGGUGACCUAAAUUGGGAUAUGCUUAAUACCCCGGCCAUCCUACAAUCCAAACUAGAUGCCCUCAAUCUCACGCAAAUUAUCAACGAACCUACCAGGUACAACCCUAAAUCCGUACACAUGGGUACCCUCAUAGAUAUCAUCUUGACUAACAUACCCUCUAAAUACACCUCAGCUGUCUUCAACCAGGAUCUCAGCGAUCACUGCCUUAUUGCCUGCGUCCGUAACGGGUCCGCGGUCAAACAUCCACCCCUCAUCACUGUCAAACGCUCCCUAAAACACUUUAGCGAGCAGGCCUUCCUAAUUGACCUGGCCCAGGUAUCCUGGAUGGAUAUAGAUCUCAUUCCGUCAGUAGAGGAUGCCUGGUUGUUCCUUAAAAGUAAUUUCCUCUCAAUCUUAAAUAAACAUGCCCCAUUCAAAAAAUACAGAACUAAGAACCGAUAUAGCCCCUGGUUCUCCUCAGACUUGACUGCCCUUGACCAGCACAAAAACAUCCUGUGGCGUACUGCAUUAGCAUCAAAUAGCCCCCGCGAUAUGCAACUUUUCAGGGAAGUUAGGAAACAAUAUACACAAGCAGUCAGGAAAGCAAAGGCUAACUUUUUCAAACAGAAAUUUGCAUCUUGUAGCACUAACUCCAAAACGUUUUGGGACACUGUAAAGUCCAUGGAGAAUAAGAGCACUUCCUCCCAGUUGCCCACUGCACUGAGGCUAGGAAACACUAUCACCACCGAUAAAUCUACAAUAAUCGAGAAUUUCAACAAGCAUUUUGCUACGGCUGGCCAUGCUUUCCAUCUGGCUACCACUACCCCGGCCACCAACUCUGCACCCUCCGCUGCAACUUGCCCUUGACCCCCCCCCCCGCUUCUCCUUCACACAAAUUCAGACAGCUGAUGUUCUGAAAGAGCUGCAAAAUCUGGACCCCUACAAAUCAGCUGGGCUAGACAAUCUGGACCCUUUCUUUCUAAAACUAGCCGCCGAAAUUGUCGCAACCCCUAUUACUAUUCUGUUCAACCUCUCUUUCAUAACGUCUGAGAUCCCCAGAGAUUGGAAAGCUGCCGCGGUCAUCCCCCUCUUCAAAGGGGGUGACACUCUAGAUCCAAACUGCUACAGACCUAUAUCCAUCCUGCCCUGCCUUUCGAAAGUAUUUGAAAGCCAAGUUAAUAAACAGAUCACCGACCAUUUCGAAUACCACCGUACCUUCUCCGCUAUGCAAUCCGGUUUCCGAGCUGGUCAUGGGUGCACUUCAGCCACACUCAAGGUCCUAAACGAUAUUAUAACCGCGAUUGAUAAUAGACAGUACUGUGCAGCCGUCUUCAUCGACCUGGCCAAGGCUUUCGACUCUGUCAACCACCGCAUUCUUACUGGCAGACUAAAUAGCCUUGGUUUCUCAAAUGACUGCCUCGCCUGGUUCACCAACUACUUCUCAGAUAGAGUUCAGUGUGUCAAAUCGGAGGGCCUGUUGUCUGGACCUAUGGCAGUCUCUAUGGGGGUGCCACAGGGUUCAAUUCUUGGGCCGACACUUUUCUCAGUGUAUAUCAAUGAUGUCGCUCUUGCUACUGGUGACUCUCAGAUCCACCUCUACGCAGACGACACCAUUUUGUAUACAUCUGGCCCUUCAUUGGACACUGUGUUAACAAACCUCCAAACAAGCUUCAAUGCCAUACAACACUCCUUCAGUAGCCUCCAACUGCUCUUAAACACUAGUAAAACUAAAUGCAUGCUUUUCAAUCGAACGCUGCUGGCACCCGCCCACCCGACUAGAAUCACCACUCUCGACGGGUCUGACCUAGAGUAUGUGGACAACUACAAAUACCUAGGUGUCUGGUUAGACUGUAAACUCUCCUUCCAGACUCACAUUAAGAAUCUCCAAUCCAAAGUUAAAUCUAGAAUCGGCUUCCUAUUUCGCAACAAAGCCUCCUUCACUCAUGCUGCCAAACAUGCCCUCGUAAAACUGACUAUCCUACCGAUCCUUGACUUCGGCGAUGUCAUUUACAAAAUAGCCUCCAACACUCUACUCAGCAAACUGGAUGUAGUCUAUCACAGUGCCAUCCGUUUUGUCUCCAAAGCCCCAUACACUACCCACCACUGUGACCUGUACGCUCUUGUUGGCUGGUCCUCACUACAUGUUCGUCGUCAAACCCACUGGCUCCAGGCCAUCUAUAAAUCACUGCUAGGCAAAUCCCCGCCUUAUCUUAGCUCAUUGGUCACCAUAGCAGCACCCACCCGUAGUCUGCGCUCCAGCAGGUAUAUCUCACUGGUCAUUCCCAAAGCCAACACCUCCUUUGGCCGCCAUUCCUUCCAGUUCUCUGCUGCCAAUGACUGGAACGAAUUGCAAAAAUCUCUGAAGCUGGAGACUCUUAUCUCCCUCACUAACUUUAAGCAUCAGUUGUCAGAGCACCUUACCGAUCACUGCACCUGUACACAGCCCAUCUGAAAUUAGCCCACCCAACUACCUCAUCCCUAUAUUGUUAUUUAUUUUGCUCUUUUGCACCCCAGUAUCUCUAUUUGCACAUAAUCUCUUGCACAUCUAGCAUUCCAGUGUUAAUACUAUUGUAAUUAUUUUGCACAAUAGCCUAUUUAUUGCUUUACCUCCAUUACUUGCUACAUUUGCACCACUGUAUAUAUAUUUUCUGUUGUAUUUUUGACUUUAUUUUUUUUUACCCCAUAUGUAACUCUGUGUUGUUUUUAUCGCACUGCUUUGCUUUAUCUUGGCCAGGUCGCAGUUGUAAAUGAGAACUUGUUCUCAACUGGCUUACCUGGUUAAAUAAAGGUUAAAUAAAUAUAAAAAUAAAAACUGGAGGAACCGAUUGAGCCGGUCUCUGCGUGUUUGGGGUGUGGGACAAAGGAGCUCUCUGAGGCUAUUUGAGCUGAUAUAUUUACAUUGACAUUUUAGUCAUUUAGCAGACGCUCUUAUCCAGAGCGACUUACAGUUAGUGAGUGCAUAAAUUUUUCAUACUGGCCCCCCAUGGGAAUCUAACCCACAACCCUUGCGUUGCAAGCGCAAUGCUCUACCAACUGAGCUAAAGGAGGCCUGGUUGACAUGUAGAGUUAUUUGGAGGUGGAAAUGUUACAUGUGCUACGUUUGCAACAGGUACGGUAGCUCAGCGGUUAGAGCAUUGGGCCUGUAACUGAAGGGUAGCUAGUUUGAAUCCCGAGCUGAUAAGGUGAAGAAUUUGUCAAUGGGACCUUGAGCAAGGCAUUUAACCGUAAUUGCUCCAGGGUCGCCAUUGAUAAUGGUAAACCCAGGCCGUGACUCCACUCUCAGAGGGUCUCUCAGGGAGAGAUAGGAUAUGAAAAAAACACAUUCGGAAAAUAUAAGCACAGACCAAAUGUAUUAUUAUUUUAAAUACUUCCAGUGCUUGUCUUUUAAACGCAUACUAUUUUCACACUUUGCUUUUUUUUGCUGCACUUUUACUGGGCCUUUAAAGGUAGUAACUUUUUCAACGUAAUGGGAUAGUUCAGCAAAAUUAGGGAUUCAGAUAUUUCUUUCCUUACCUCAUAAGCAGUCUUCAUACUGCUCUAAGGAGUGACUGCAAUCCACACUUUGGUAGAAAAGUCACUGUCAACAAACGCUAAUGUUAGCAUUUUCAAAUGAAAAACGUUACUUUACUCCCACUAUUACAACAGUGCGACUGUUUAGGAAUAAAAUAUAUUUCCUGAACCAUCCUCUGUAUUGUGUGCUUAUUGUUUAAUAAUUAUAGGCCAUUUUGAGACCUUAAGGAGCAUCAGGUAUUGCUGGAAUGUCUACCAAUGGCAGGUUUAUCUUUUUGUGAAAAAUUACACUGGUCGCUCAAAAAAUUUAUUAAGUAUUUACGAAGUUAAAAUUGACCUCACUUUUGAUUAGCCCACACAAAAAGACUUAACUAAUGAUUGCUAAAUGGUUUAUAAGGACCUAUUUUAAACAGGUUAUGAAUGAUCUUAUGAAUCAUUAUUACAACCUUUAAAAAUGGUUUAUACAUGUGUUAAUAACUAGCUUACUAACAUUUACAAAUGUAGGAGUAAUGAUUAAUAAAUUAUGAAUAAACUAUUUACUAAUCCAUUAUAAAUGCUUUAUAAUUAUGAUUAGGGUUAUUAUGUUAUUAUUGGUGUUAUUAUGAAGCGCUACCGGACACAUUUAUUCUAUAUUUUCAUUGUUAAACAUUUUUGGCCCCAAACCUAUGCAAGAAGUGGGACAGCCAGGGCUAGUACUCAUAUGUCUGCAUAGUAUAGCACAUUAUUUUAGGUGAUUCUAGAGCAAGGUUCUCCAACCCUGUUCCUGGAGAGCUACCCUCCUGUAGGUUUUCGCUCCAACCCGCAGUUGUAACUAACCUCAUGCAGCUGAUCAACCAGCUAAUUUUUAGAAUAAUGUGCAAUAGAUUAGGGUUGGAGUGAAAACCUACAGGAUGGUAGCUAUCCAGGAACAGGGUUGGAGAGCCCUGUUCUAGAGAAAUAAUAGCACUGCAAGUUUUUGGCUGAAUCUUGGUAAACUACAAUGCUAACAUACAGGGAGAUCGUAUCUUCAAUGCUACCAGAUAUCUUAAUUGCUCGUUAAAAUAAUUUGCAUGGUUUAUGCAUGGUUUGCAUGGUUUGUCAAGCUAAACUUGUUUGGACAUCCAAAGGCUUGAUGGUAAUUGUCACGACUUCCGCCGAGGCUGCCCUCCCUCCUGGUUUGGGCAGGCUUCGGCGUUCGUCGUCACCGGAGUACUAGCUACUGCUCAUCCCAUUCUCAUCACUCCACUUGUCAUGUCUUGUCAAUCACACACACCUGGUGCUCAUUCCCCUAAUUAGUAUUUUUUAUAAGUGUUCCCUCUGUUCCCCUUGUCUUUGUGAGUGAUUGUUUGUUGUGAGAGCUUGUAGCUCGGUUGAGCUACUGUUCACUGUGUUUAUGCCAAGGUAGAAGUUUUCCCUUGUAAUAGUUUCAUUUGACGAUUUGGGCGUUUGAUUUAUGUAAACGGAAUAAACUCUGGACUUCGGUAUUUUACCUCCUACGCCUGACUACUUAAUUCAGCCCUUGUCACAGAAUCACUCACCUGAUCUGAUAUGGAGUAAGCCGGAGAAGACUGCAUGUCUGGAGUUGUGGCAAGGGUCCAGGAGCAUUCCAGCUUGGGGGAAGCGAUGGAUCGGGUUCUUCAGGUGGUAAAACGCCUGGAGAGGAGAGGAUCCGAUCUAUCGAGACUAGCUGGUCAACUGGAUCCAGCCACCUACACCCCAGCCCCUGGAGAGAUUCAGAUAUCCCGGCCAUCGGCGUUUGAUGGGACGGCGGCGCGAUGUAAGGGAUUCCUACUCCAACUGGAGUUGUAUUUCUCGGGCAUCAGGCCGCCGCCCCGGGAGCGGGAGAAGGUAUCCGUCCUCGUUUCCUGCCUUUGUGGGAGGGCCCUGGAGUGUGCCGCCUCCUUCCUCUUCCCGGUCUCCCCACGGCCCUACAAACUGCGGAGGCUCUGUUUACUCACGUCUUCCGGCACUACGGGGUACCAGAGGAUAUAGUGUCCGACCGAGGUCCCCAGUUCACGUCUAGAGUCUGGAAGGCGUUCAUGGAACAUCUGGGGGUCUCGGUCAGCCUGACCUCUGGAUUUCACCCGAGAGUAAUUGGCAGGUGGAAAGGGUGAAUCAAGAUGUGGAUAGGUUCCUGCAGACCUACUGUCAGGACCGGCCGGGGGAGUGGUCGGUGUUCCUGCCAUGGGCAGAAUAUGCUCAGAAUUCUCUCCACUAACCUAACACCCUUCCAAUGUGUUUUAGGUUACCAACCGGUCCUGGCACCGUGGCACCAGAGCCAGACCGAGGCUCCUGCGGUGGAUUGCUGGUUUCGACGCGCGGAGGAGACUUGGGACGUGCGCGCGCUGUGCAUCAUCAGAAGGCCAACGCUGACCGCCACCGCAGGGAGGCCCCGGUGUUCGUACCGGUGGAUCUGGUCUGGCUCUCGACCCGGAAUCUGCCCCUCCGCCUGCCCUGCCGGAAGCUAAGCCCGCGGUUUGUGGGGCCGUUUAAAGUCCUGAGGAGAAUAAACGAGGUGACAUACAGGUUGUUACUCCCCCCUGAUUACCGUAUUAACCCCUCGUUUCAUGUGUCUCUCCUCAGGCUGGUGGUAGCUGGACAUUAAGGGGGCCCUGGCAUACUCGGUCCGUUCCAUCCUGGAUUCGAGGCGUCGGGUGGGGGCCUUCAGUAUCUCGUGGAGUGGGAGGGGUACGGUCUGGAGGAACGGUGCUGGGUCCCAAGGUGGGACAUCCUCGAUCCCUCCCUGUUGAGGGAUUUCCACCGUCGCCAUUCGACUCGCCCUGCUCUGCGUCCUCCUGGCCGUCCCCGAGGCCAGGGUCGGUGCACUGCUGGAGCCGCGCGUCGUGGGGGGGUGGGGGGGGUACUGUCACGACUUCCGCCGAGGCUGCCCCCCCUCCUGGUUCGGGCAGGCUUCGGCGUUCGUCGUCACCGGAGUACUAGCUACUGCCGAUCCCAUUCUCAUCACUCCACUUGUCAUGUCUUGUCAAUCACACACACCUGGUGCUCAUUCCCCUAAUUAGUAUGUGUAUAAGUGUUCCCUCUGUUCGCCUUGUCUUUGUGAGUGAUUGUUUGUUAUGAGAGCGUGUACCUCGGUUGAGCUACUGUUCACUGUGUUUAUGCCAAGGUGGAUGUUUUCCCUUGUCAUAGUUUCGUUUGACGCUUUGGGCGUUUGAUUUAUGUAAACGGAAUAAACUCUGGACUUCGGUAUUUCACCUCCUGCGCCUGACUUCUUCAUUCACACCUCGUCACAGAAUGAUUAGGGCCCUGACAUUUUCCUGACCACAUGACUUAACCAGGAGAAACUCUGCAUUUAACAGUAUGUUACAGUGCCCCAGAAUUUCGAGUUUGUCAUGGUCGGGUCACACCCAGUCUUUGAGGUUUGGAGAUGUGGGGGCUUAUGACGAAAGCCUGUGUCUGAGAGUCUCAACUAUUUAGCCAAACCGGAUGGACCAGUUAAUGGGUGAAACAGUGUUUUGUAAUCCAUCGCCAAGUGUCUGUUUGUGUGUGUGUUGAGCGAGUCCUACUUUCUCUGCCCCUACAUAUAGCAUGCCACUCUACCUUGCUUGGUUUCAGUCACUCAGCAUUCCUAUUCACCCUCCUCUUCUCUGAAGCUAACUCAGGUAAGACUAUGUCUAUGAGCAAAGGUAUUAUACCAGGUAGCUUAUUCACUCUAUAUGGAAAAUCUAUAUUUGUGAAAAUAUGAAAUGUAUUUUGGCUAUAUUUUAUAUAUCACAUUUAUUUUAACAUUUAUUUAAUUUCCAUAUGGCAUAAGGAAUGAAAGGUAAAGGGAUAUCGCAUACUGCUGAAUGUAAUGAUAAAUUACAAGCCUGGUCUCAUAGACUAGACGUAACAUAGUAAAUGUAAAUCAGGGACUCUCAAAUUAGUAUGAUAUGUUACGUUUAGUGUGGUUACAUAAGAGAGAAGGUUACUUGUAGGGUGGUUGGUCAUGGUGAGUGGGCGUAUAAAGCGAACAUCUAGCAACCCCAAAGAGUGCGGGUUCGAAUCUCAUCACGACAACUUCAGCAUUUUAGUGAAUAAUCUCUUUGCAACUACUUAAUACUUUUUAGAUACUUUGCAACUACUUAGCAUGUUAGCUAACCAUAAUCCUAACUUUAACCCUUUAACCUAACUCAUAACCCUUUAAUUUAACACUAACCUUAACCCUAAGCUUAACCCCUAACCCCUAGCCUAGCUAACGUUAGCCACCUAGCUAAUGUUAGUGUUACCCACCUAGCUAAUGUUAGCCACAACAAAUUGGAAUUCGUAACAUAUAUGUUUUGCAAAUUCGUAACAUAUUGUACAAAUUGUAAUUCGUAACAUACUCUCUUAGAAAAGAAGGUGCUAUCUAGAACCUAAAAGGGUUCUUCGGCUGUCCCCAUAGGAGAACCCUUUGAAUAAACCUUUUUGGUUACAGGUAGAACCUUUUUGGUUACAGGUAGAACCCUUUUGGUGCCUGGUAGAACCCUAUUAGGUUCAAUGUAGAACCCACAGAGGGUUCUACAAUGAACCAAAAGGGUUUUUACCUGGAACCAAAAAUAGAUCUACCUGGAACCAAAAAGGGUUCUCCUAUGGGGACAGCUGAUGAACCCUUUUGGGACCCUUUUUUCUAAGAGUAUAUCAUAUGAAAUGGGUGAUGGACAUCCACAAAUGAAUACAUACUAUGUCAUACUAAUUGGAGUGUUAUGGAUUUACAGUUUUACUAUGUUACGUCUACCCCUGAGUCCAGGUUGAAUGUACAAUUUGUGUUGGACUAUGACUGCUUCUAGCUCAUGUUCAAAGGAGCAGUUUUAAAGCCUUGGGACAACUAAACUCUUAGCACUGGGUUUCUCUGUACAACAUACAGCAUUUUGAAUAACUUCAACACAUUUUGAAGAAUUUCACAAAGUAUCUUGAGAACUAGUUCUAGCACCAUUAUUGUGAAGCAUGAAACAUCGCCCUAUAUUGAUUUGCUGGUGGUGUGACUUCUGUAAAAAUUAAAAUAAAAACUUUUUUUUUAAAUCCUCACAGAAGCCACCACCAUGGCAAACAAGAUGGUAAUCCAGCAGCCCAAGCCCUUUGUUCAGGCCAUCACCUCAAACCAAUGGAGCUCCGACAUCUGUGACUGCACCAAGGAUAUGUCUUCGUGUAAGUGUGUGUGUUCGUGUGUGUGCGUGCAUGUUUGUGUAUGUACAUAUAGUGAUCGUCUUUACACAAAGCCUCUGUUACCGCUCAAUUCCAUUCAAUGGGGGGCAAACUUGUUUCAAUCAACAACAUACCACUUUAGUUUAGAGUUAUCCCAUGGUAAAGAGAACAUCCUCUUCACUGUCAUUUCUUGUCCCCUAUAUCCUUCUAUAGGUUGCUUAGCGUUCUGGUGCUUCCCCUGUUUUGCCUGUAUAACGGCGAGGGAGGCUGGGGAGUGCCUGUGUCUGCCCCUGCUAGACGGCUUCGGCGCUAUCCCCGCCGCCACCAUGUCCAUGAGGGUGGGCAUGCGCCAGCGCUACGGCAUCGAGGUAGGGACACACAGAAUGCCUUCUACACUAUUACGAGACAUUACACACGUUCACAUGUACAGUCAAAGGAACUGGGCAAUACACAUAAUUUGUAUGGACCUUGUCUAGAGUCAUGACGUUUGGUUUUCUCAUUGUUUACUGUUAGCUUGGCAUGUCUUAUGACUAGAGUUUUUCCUGAUCACAGGAUCUGAACAGGAAAAACUCUGGGCCUUAUAGGUAUAGGCCAUAACUAUUGGUAAAUAUGUUGUAUUAUUAAAAUAUUUUGUGAAUAGAAUGCAUAUGAAUACAAUGUCCAUACAAAUUAUGUGUAUUGCCCAGUUUCUUUGACUCUACAUGUGAACGUGUGUAAUGUCUCGUAAUGGUGUACUAUCAGUCCCUCCAUCUCUCCAGUAAUUCACCAUGUUCACCUCACCUUCCAAUCUGAUCUCAGAACUCACCUAACCAGUUCUAAUGACCUAGGUUUCAGGACUACCUGUGGCCCAGACCAUGCCCACAUUUUUUCUAGAGUACUCAACGUCUGUUUCAAUACCUGCAUACUGAGGGAGUAGCCUGGGUACCAGUCUCUGUGCUAACAUUCCUCUCAUUGACAAUCCUAGUCAUGCCAAACAAGGAGUUGGAAUGACAGCACAAAGAGAUCGGGGACCAGGCUACUCAGGGAUUAAUGCAUAAUGUUCUGAUGAUGUCACAGUGCUGAACUCCGAUCAGAUAGUCUAUCUCCUCUUUGUCAUUAAUUGAUAAAUGUAGUCAGUGUUAACUGAUCCUAGAUCAGGUGUAAUGUGAUGUAUCUCUGUCUCUUCCCUAAAAGGGCACCAUGUGUAAUGACUGUGUCUAUUCGUUCUUCUGCGGGCCCUGCACCUGGUGUCAAAUGUCAAGAGAGAUGAAGACCCGCUUCCAACCAAUCACUCUCAUCAACACACAUGUAAGAUAAGGACAGACCUCGUUCUUCCUCAUCCUCCUCUUCGUCAUCAUGUACCAUCAUCAUCAUCAUCAUCAUCAUCAUCAUCAUCACUCAUUAUCAUAUAUCCAUCCUCUUCCUCUUCCUCCUCCACCUUCACCAUGGUCAUUACACUAAUCAUAAUCAACAACAUCAUCAUCAUUAGACUCAUGUUAAUGGGAUACUAACAAUACCAAGCCUUAUCCAGGGCUACACUUUCUACCACAGGAGGCUGCUGACGGGAGGACAGCUCAUAAUAAUGUCCGGAAUGGAGCAAAUGGAAUGGUAUUGUUCGAUGUAUUUGAUACCAUUCUACUGAUUCCGCUCCAGCCAUUACCAUGGGCCCGUCCUCCCCAAUUAAGGUACCACCAACCUCCUGUGCUUUCUAUCCUCUGUUGACUCUUACAUCACCACUCACUGUCACCAAACUCGUCACCAUUGAAUGUCACACACGUGUACACGUGUACUGUGAGCCACCCAAAACUGAUCUCCAUUCAGUUUCAAGCACGUCUGCAACAGUAUUCUGUUCUUAGGUUGUUCACGUUCACUUCCACCCUGCUGACAGCUGGAAAUGUUUAUCUGUAUCUGUAAAGGCCCUUUACGUUUUUUCGGGUGUGUGAAAGUUGAACGAACAUGUAUGUAUGUAUGUAUGUAUAAAUACAUUUCCAAAACCCUUUUGAAAACUGGACCUUUUUAUCUACUACUAUGCUAAAUGUACGAAACAUGUCCAGAUGUAUUGUAGAAACGUAUACGAGAGAAAUAGGUAUGAAAAAUUUCCGAAACAAAACGUACAUUCAGAUAUAUCUUUCAUGUUUGCAGUAUAAAUGUAUGUAUUUUAAUGGUAAAUAAAUUAUUAAAAUAAUAGUGUCUGUCCUUUCUCCAUGACGUUAAUACAGAGGAUACUGUAUGUCACUGAUCUUCAGUGACGGUGUUGAAUCUUAUGCAAACCACACACAUGCAAAUAGUGACUGUUCUGUAAUUUAGUUCCUGAAUGAUAUGGUUUUUAAUGCCACCUCUGGUCCAGAAGUACCCAUCACGAACCUGGAUACAGCUAGGCAAAGUUGUCCAUUUCAGGUGAGUGUAUUUUAUUAAAAGAGUCCGAUUUCAAUAAAACAGGACUUAGAUUGAACAUACCCCACUACUAGAAUUAUAGGCUGCAAUGAUUUGUCUUUGAUGGGGAGACUUAUACGUUUUAACAUCACGUUAAUGUUGAAUACUUUAUAGACUACAGUUUGGGAAUGAACAGUACCAGAGUGCACACAGUAGCUUAUUGGCUGUUAAGUGAUGAUUGAAUGAUUGAAGUGGCUCCACUUGUAAGAAGCGAAUUAGCCACUUAGAAUAGAAGGAAGUGCAAAGAUAUUAAAGCGUAUUUCGAAGCGAGUUGAGGGAUGUGUGGGGGGGUGGUAUUUCAUAUUUUAUUUCAACAAGUUGGCAUUGGGGAGGCAGGUAGAGCCAAAAGUUAGGAAAAAGUAACUAUCCAUUGUUGUUUGUUGUUGCUUUUUGUUCAGGUUCUUCGUCCUUAGUCGAGCGGCCGGCCAGUCACCAUGGCAACGAGCGUGACAAUCAACAACCAACAGUCUCAGCCUCCUCAGCCCCAGACACCAGCUUUCAUAGCUGUCCACUCUAACCAGUGGAGCACUGGCAUCUGUGGCUGCUUCGACGACUUGCAAGUCUGUGAGUCUGUCUGUCCAUUUGUUUGUCCAUUUAUCCAGUGUUCAGCGAAUCAUUGAUAUUUCUCUGCAAAAAUUAGAAUUCAGAGUUCAGUAUUCAUUUACGUUCUGUAUUUCGGAAUGUCUUAUUAAAACAUUGUUUUUAAAAAGCACGUAUGUUAUACAUUACAUUGUUCCGUUUUAACUUACGCCGUGUUUGGAAUAUUUUGAGACUUCAAUGGAGUAUUAUAGUCCAUAUAUAGAAAAUAACUUCAUAAAAGGACAAACAGCGUUACUAGCCACUAAUCAAAAUGAGUGAGAAAAGUGUUGUAAUCCGUGCUAACAGAUCUCUUCCCUGACUUGCGCUCUGUGACCCUAUGAUCAGGCUGUUUUGCUUACUGGUGCUUCCCCUGUUUCGCCUGCACCACCACCUCAGAGUUCGGAGAGUGUUUCUGUCUCCCCCUACUGGACAUUUUAUGGUCCUCCACCCAGCUGGUAGGGGUGCCAACCUGCAUUCCCCCUGUGUCCAUGUCCAUGAGGGUGGCCGUACGUAACCGCUAUGGCAUUCUGGUGGGUUAACGAAUGGAGAGUUGUUCUGUCAGUCUGAACGCCUGAAUAAAAACACUAGAUAAGGAAGACUGUUAGAGUAGGCCUACGGACUGUGUGGAAGAGUGAGGCAGCACAUAAAACACAACACAAUAGAGCUUCUGUGGGCUUGUGUCCAGUUAAUACAACAGCUCAGUAGUCGAUGUAAUCAUACAGUAUCCCUGGUUUGAAACCUCUGCUGAUUCCUCAUUGCAAGUAAAACCAAAUCCUGGUUGGAAGAUUCCCAGAAUCAGGAGGGAAUAAGUAAAAAAUCCAAGAAUCAUCCAAACUGGGAUUUCUAGAAAAGAGGAAUUUUGCAAUCCUAAUCCUGUCUAUGUGUGUGUUCAGGGUGACAUGACAGCGGACUGUGUGUACUCCACCUUCUGCAACAUCUGCUCCUGGUGCCAGAUGGCCAGGGAGAUCAGGAGACGCAGACAGACCUUCACCGUCAUCAACGCCCAGCCCACCAUGCUUCCCGGUCAGCCCAUGUUGAUGGCCUCCCAGCCUGGAGUCAUCAACGCCCAGCCCACCAUGCUGCCUGGUCAGCCAAUGUUGAUGGCCUCCCAGCCUGGGGUCAUCACAUCUCAGCCUAUGAUUACCUCUGCCCCUCAGCCUAUCUUGAGCACUAGGUUCAUGUAA